AUGGGUGAGAUGAUCAUGUCACAUGAGCCCUGGGACUUUCUGAACUCGGUCCUACGGUUCCGGGACAAUGACUCCCAGUUCUGGUGGGACAAGACGGGAAGGAUGUUCUCCAAGCUCCUCAAAUACGCCGGGUACAGCGCGUCAGAACAAUACCGCGAACUCAACUUCUACUCCCUCUUCGUCGCCCCCGAACUCGGGCCCUCCCCAGACUGCCACGGCAACGUGAGGAGGUGGCGGAGCCCCGGGACGCCGGACUCGACCCCUAUCGACUUCAGCUGGGAAUGGGGACACGACAACCGCGCCGUUAUCCGGUACUCGUUCGAGCCCAUCGGCCUCCAUGCCGGCACGGACCUCGACCCCCUCAACAGACACGCCACCAACGACUGGAUCUUCAAGCUCCAGCAGCAGAAGAUGGUGCCGGGGCUCGACCUCGAGUGGUACAACCACUUCACACAGCAGAUCCUGCCGCACGGCACCCGCACCAAGACGGUGGACCGCUUCGUCGAGGAGACGACGCCCAAGGCGGGCACGGUGGUGGCCCUCGACAUCGAGAAGAGCGGCCCCGUCAUGAAGAUCUACAUCUACCCAGGACUCAAGGCGGAGGAGCUCGGCAUCACCAACCUCGAGCUGGUGGAGCAGUCCAUCCGCAGCCUACCCGCCGAACAGUUCCAGUCACUCAACGCCGAGCCCCUCUUUGACUUUCUGCGGGAGGGCACCAAGAAGUACGACUUCGAGACGGGCAUCCUCGCCAUCGACUGCCUCGCGCCCCGGGACGCGCGCAUCAAGGUCUACAUCCGGGCCAAGCACACGACGUUCGACUACAUGAUGGACUGCAUCACCCUCGGCGGCCGGCUCGACAUGUCGGGCGAGGCCAUCGAGGACCUCAAGGACUUUUGGCGCAUCUUCCUCGCCGACGCGCCCGACGUCCUGCCGGAGGAGGCCCCCGGCCGGGCCAGCCCGGGCUUCUACUACACGCUCGGGUGCGGGAGGGCCAUCUCGCCCAAGGUGUACAUCUCGCCCAACUACUUUAGCAAAAACGACGUCGACGUGCUCGGCCGCCUGCGCACGUUCUUCGCCACCCGUCGUACCGACUCGAUGAUGGACAACUACGAGCAGGCCUUGAAAGACAUUUUUGGGAGCAAGACCCUCGAGUCGCGUUGCGGCAGCCAUUACUACGUCGGAUGUGCGCUGCACAAGGGCCAGCUGAGGGUGGUGACAUACCUCAGCCCGCAGUCCUUCGACUGCGAGAAGGACGCGAUCCAGGAUCGCAAGCCAUGA